AUGGCGGGUAUGCUAACUUUAACAGAGCGACGAAACAUUGAACGAGCUGCUGGAGAUGAGGUUGUCAGUGCUACUGUUGCACGACUGUACAAGGCUGAAGGCAAUGCGAGAGACUAUUCAUACAGCGGCCUUGUUGGAGCAAUUAUUCUAUUACGUCUAACUAAUGGAUCGUGGUUCUUUAAGCUGGUCGAUGUCACUAGUGGUCGGAUUCUUUGGGAACAGGACAUUAACAGAGAUAUUAAGUACCAACCAGAACGACCUUUUUUUCAUUCAUUUCUUGGAGCAAAUUGCAUGAUUGGGUUUUCGUUUGCAGAUGAGUCCGAGGCUGCCAAUUUUUAUGAUAAGCUAUCUCGUAAAGAUUCGUAUGUUUCUCAGAUCCAAGCCCAAAACUACAAUACAGCCGCACAACCUGUAUUGCCUACAGUUGCUUCAAUUCCUUCCACUCCCCAGCCUGGCCUGGUAAAAAGUAACAGCAGCGAUUCAAUCAACUCUAAAAAGGCAAAAGCAAAAUCAUCUGGUGGUAUUUUAUCUGGCCGACCCAAAUCCAAAAAAGACAGCAAGGACUCUAAAAAGGGAAAGAUUGACAAGAGCAUGAUUUCUGCUCCUACCAACUUUGAGCAUGUCAGUCACGUUGGAUACAAUCCCAAAACCGGCUUCAGUGCUCAAAACAUUCCUAUGGAAUGGAAAAUUAUUUUUCAAAAAGCUGGCAUUACCGAGGAACAGUUACAAGAUAAAAAGACUGCAAAGGCAGUUGCCAAGUUUAUGAAGCAACACGCUGGUGAGGUUGGUAAGCCGGCAGCAGCUCCUCCAGCCAUUCCUGGAACUACUCCAAAUGCUAUAUUGCCUGCUUCAUCUGUUUCUCGUGCACCACCACCGCCGCCUCCAUCUCGCGGUACUCUUCGGGCACCACCACCCCCUCCACCAGGACGAGCUGUCGUGGCACAACAACAAGCUCCACCACCUCCUCCCCCAUUGCAGGUAUACGAAAAAAAGCAGACUGCUGCACCCCUUUCUCUACCGACUCGAGCACCACCUUCUCUACCGUCGAGAAGCCCACCUGCCAUUCCACCUCGAGAUGAUAUUGUAUCGCCACAUGUGCCAACAAGUUAUUCACCUGGGGGUCAGUCAGGACCUCCGCCACCUCCACCUCCACCACCAGUUGGAUUUGUGGGUAAUGCACCUUUGCCCAUUGCCAGCUCUAAUGCUCGUCCAGUUCCAACUCCAGCUGCGCGCCACGUACCAUCACAAUCUGCUGGGGCAUCUGCCAAUACUGGUCUUUUUGAUUCUAUUCGUCAAGGUAUCCAGCUAAAACACGCACCUCAAGAAGCGCCAGCUGCAAGUACUCCUGCAGCUGCACCUGAUACAAGUGACGAUUUGGCUGGAGCACUUCGGUUUGCUCUUGAAAAACGAAUUCAAGCGGUUGCUGGAUCUGAUUCGGACGAUGACAGUGACGACAAUGAUAAUGAGUGGUGA